AUGGGGUCACCACACACAGCCUGGAUUCCAGGCCUAUUACUCACCCUCGCCACACUGGCCAACUGCGGCACUCUCAUCUUCACAGAGCCAAACGACGACGGACAAUGCUACGUUCAACUAGAAGAGAUCCUGGAAUGCACGGGGCAAACAUCCGACUCGGUCGGAGAGGUUAACUGGGAAGGCUACUGCUCAAAAUGUACGAAUCUUCCCUCUCAACAGUCUUUGCCUUUCGCUGAAGAGUCUAACGUUUGGUUUCAAACAGUCGGUAUGAUGCCCGAUAACCCGCCAACAACAUGGGUCACAAUCUGCGACAAAUAUCUAUACGUGACAUGGUCCAAGGACCUCUGGGACAACCACAUUGCGCAUUUCCAAUUAGGACAUCCAUAUGAGGAUGAGCGGCUUGAUCUUGUCGGCAUCAUGAAUUAUGAGAGGGGGCAGCCUAAUAAUGUUGCUGUCACGACGCCGCUUCCGUCGUGGUGA